AAUAUGAACAGCUUCCGAUGCGGUCGUCUCGCUCGCUCUCUCUCUUUCUCUACGGCACUCGUUUCUAGAAACGCCGCUCGGACUUCGCAGGGGUUUUGGAUUCCGCCACAAUGCCGAGGCCGCGGCGGCUCCACGACGACUCCGACGCAAUCCCCGGUGAGGGCCUCCGAUGCCGGAGGACGGACGGCCGCAAAUGGCGCUGCUCCAUGCGCGCCAUGGACGGCGUCACCUUCUGCGAGCACCACUACAACUUGACCCGCCGUAACUUGGCCAAGCACAAGGGCGGGCCCACCGCCGCGCAAGAAUCCGAUUGGGAGUCGCCGGAGCCGCCCGAUGCUCCGGCGAGGAAGCGCACCAGGAAGGGGGCUUCCCCGACCGAGGAGACGAUCACGGCCGCGCUGAAGCGGCGGAUGGAUCGGAAGGGGGAGAGGGAAGAGAGGCGGAGGGGGGAGGCCCGGACGACGAGGGUUCUUCCUAAUGGGUUGAUGACCAUCGCGUCGUCUCCGGUGGGUGGUCCCGGCAAUGAGGGCUCCCCUUUGGAUCGGAAGCUAGGGUUUGAUGAGGACUGCUCGCUCACCAGGCGGUGCAUUCGAUCCAAGAACGCGGAGCCGAUUCCCGUGGGCCCAUUAAAGAAAUUAACUUGUGGAAAGGGUUUGGGGAGGGGGAGAAAGUGGAUAUGCCACAGAUGUGGGGAGAAGAAGGUGGCAAGGAUGGUUCGAUGUUUAAGUUGCAGGAAGAGGUUCUUCUGCUCUCGCUGCAUAAAGAAACAGUACUCUGAGAUGUCUGAAGUGGAGGUCAAGAUCGCCUGUCCUGUUUGUCGUGGGUGUUGUGAUUGUAAGACAUGUUCUCAUAUCGGAGCUAAAGAUGGUGGAUGUAAGGAACUUGCACAUGAUCACAAGAAGUUUAAUGAAAUCGAGCAUGCUUAUAACUUGAUUUCUCACCUUCUCCCAUUGCUGAAGCAGAUCUAUCAAAAGCAGUUAAAUGAGCUGGAAUUUGAGGUUCCAGACCAAGGGAGAAGAUUUUCUGGCAUUCAACUUCAAGUCAAUCAGGCUCAGAACGAGCUUGUUAAAUGCAAUUGCUGCAGGACUUCACUUGUUGAUUUUCACAGAAGCUGCUCAAAAUGUUCUUAUAGACUUUGCUUAAGUUGUUGUAGAAAGAUACCGAAAGGAAGCUUUCCUCAGACGACUUCAACUGAUGCCUUCAACUAUGGUGAGAGUAAUAAAGCACAUAAGCGUGUUGCUAAGGAACUUAAUGGGAUGAAGCGGAUACUCUCCACUGGUAUGCGACCUGACAACUCAUAUUUAUCCAUGGUACCUGAAAGCAAAGAGAACAGUGAGAGCAGCAUUUUGUGCCCACCCAAGGAGUUUGGUGGAUGUGGUGAUGGUCUUCUAAAUCUAGUUUUCACCGUGCCAUUUAAUUGGUCUAAUGAUCUGGGUAGAUCUGCAGAAGAAGUUGCUUUUAGUAACUUUGGUUCUCACAGUUUACAUGCUUAUCCUCAUCGUACAUCUUCAGUCCCUGAAAACCAGAAGAUUGGGCAAUUCAGUAUAAGUUUGCAAGAAGCCAUGGAUAGGAAAAAUAUAGUUCGAGAACUGUUUUAUUUAUGCCCACACUUACGUCGACCCAGAAUCAACAUAUAUGAGGUAUGUUAUCGCCAUUGAUGAUCUCUAAUACUACAAGUGUAACUCAUCAUUUUGUCUAUUUUUUAAUAACGCAAUCAAGUUUAAAAGUUUUAACUAGAAAUCUACAGGGACGUGCAAAUAUGUUCUUGGAGAUACUGAAGUAUAUAUAUUGUUCUAAGUUAGCUCCAGUUUUUGGGGAGUUGGAACAAAUGUUCAUUGUUGGCUUUUGUGUUUGGUGCUGACUUUAAACGUCUACUUUUGAUAACACCACUUGAUCCUUUACAUUGGUCUGUUUCAGACAGAUUUAGGAAAGAAAUUCUGGCUCUUUUGCAUUGUUUGUGUAUCAUUAGCAUCUGUUGCAAGCACAAAUCUUAUGGUGCGCGUACUGUCUUUCUUCUGUAUUCUAAAAGCUUGAGUAUUCUUUAGACAUCCUUAUGCUCAUUAGACAUUCAUUGGGUGCCAUUUUUAAUCCAUUUCAUGUUAACUGCAUGGUUAUUAUUAGUGUUGAUGCUUCAGCUGCUGCCUCUUAAGGGAACUAACAGUUUGGAGCUCUUUGCAUUUCCUGCCUGCCUGGAUACAUCGCAUGUUCCAUUUUUUUCUUUUUUUACUUAAUGGUAUAUUUCUAGAUGCUUGAUUUUUUUUGGGGGGGAAAUUUCUUGAUUGUUUUUUUGGAUUUUUUACUUAAUGAUUUUUAUUUUUAUUUUUUGGGAAUAUUGGAUUCUUGUUCCACCCAUUAUUACAUAAUGCAAGGAACAAAAGUUUCUUGGUAGUCUCCUGCUUGUGCAUAUCAGAAAUUAAUUCUUUGCUAUGUAGGGAAGAUAUCAUGAAGUCCUAUGUAGUUUAUUUGUUUUACAAAGUAAUAUUUAAAUGCACAAAAUUUUGAACCAUUCUAAAAGGAAAUUUCUUGAUUGUUCAUUUUAUAUAUAGCAUCAACUGGGCAUAUUUCUUGAUUGGUAGUCAACUAAUUGAUCUUUUGAGUCCCUAAAAUUAAGUUGCUAAGAUAUAUUAUAAUUGUGUUUCAUGUCUUCUGGUAUGAUAAGAAAUGACAUGCAGUUUGAUUAUAUGGAUGCCUUCCACUUUGAUUAUAAUCUUUCAUCUUGACUGAGAACAACAGGUUAUAACAAAGCCUGUGGCACAUAUUAAUCUUUCAUCUUGAUUGAGAACAACAGGUUUUGACUGAUUGAGUGACUGCCAUGCUCCCCACCGGCUUGACGAAUGAGAGAAGUUCAGCAUGUGUCGCUGCCACCUGACGAUUUGAAGCUGCUACAUGGUAAGUAAUGUAUUUUUCUUUUUGUUUUUGUCUUUGUCCUUUUUCCCUCCUUCCCCUGUGACAUGG